GCUGAGCGGGGCCGGGGUCGGGCGCGGCGGCCGCGAUGCCGUGGCUGCCGGUGAAGAAGCUCCGCAAGCAGGUGAAGCUGCUGCUGCUGCUGCUGCUGCUGAGCUGCGCCGCGUGGCUCACCUACCUGCACCUGGGCCUGGUGCGCCAGGGCCGCGGGCUGCGCCAGCGCCUGGGCGACGGGCGAGACGGUGAGAAGCUGACCAGUGUGACCGACGGCCGGGGCGUCCACGCUGUGCCAUCCACACAGAGGGCGGAGGACUCCAGUGAGAGCCGUGAAGAGGAGCAGGCGCCCGAAGGUCGGGACCCAAACAUGCUAUUUCCUGGGGGGGCCAGGAGGCUGCCACUGAACUUCACCCAUCAGACACCCCCAUGGCGGGAGGAGUACAAGGGGCAGGUGAACCUGCACGUGUUUGAGGACUGGUGUGGGGGCGCCGUGGGCCACCUGAGGAGGAACCUGCACUUCCCGCUGUUCCCUCAUACCCGCACCACCGUGAAGAAGCUGGCUGUGUCCCCCAAGUGGAAGAACUAUGGACUCCGUAUUUUUGGUUUCAUCCACCCAGCGAGGGAUGGAGACGUCCAGUUUUCUGUGGCCUCAGAUGACAACUCGGAGUUCUGGCUGAGCCUGGACGAGAGCCCAGCUGCUGCCCAGCUGGUGGCCUUCGUGGGCAAGACUGGUUCUGAGUGGACGGCGCCCGGGGAAUUCACCAAGUUCAGCUCCCAGGUGUCCAAGCCCAGGCGGCUCAUGACCUCCCGGAGGUACUACUUUGAGCUGCUGCACAAGCAGGACGACCGUGGCUCGGACCAUGUGGAAGUGGGCUGGCGAGCUUUCCUGCCGGGCCUGAAGUUCGAGGUCAUCGGCUCUGCUCACAUCUCCCUGUACACAGAUGAGACAGCCCUGAAGAUGGACCACGUGGCCCACGUCCCCCAGUCUCCAGCCAGCCACGUGGGGGGGCCUCCGCUGCAGGAGGAGACCAGCGCAGACAUGCUGCGGCCAGACCCCAGGGACACCUUCUUCCUGACGCCGCGCGUGGAGCCCUCGAGCCUGGAGGACGUGCUGGAGCCCUGCGCCUACGCCCCCACCUACGUGGUCAAGGACUUCCCCAUCGCCAGAUACCAGGGGCUGCAAUUUGUGUACCUGUCCUUCGUGUACCCCAACGACUACACCCGCCUCACGCACAUGGAGACCGACAACAAGUGCUUCUACCGCGAGUCUCCGCUGUACCUGGAGAGGUUUGGGUUUUACAAAUACAUGAAGAUGGACAAGGAGGAGGGCGACGGCGACGAAGAGGAGGAGGUGCAGCGCCGAGCCUUCCUCUUCCUCAGCCCCGACGACUUCCUGGAUGACGAGGACGAGGGGGAGCCGCUGGACCGCCUGGAGCCCACGGAGGCGGCCCCCCCCAGGAGCAGCCCCCCGGUCCCCGCCCCGCCGACCCCUCCCGGCCCCCGGGACGACGGGACCGCCAGGCGCUCCAGGGCCCUGAGUUGGGCCGCCCGUCCCCUGCCGCUCUUCUUGGGCCGAGCUCCGCCCCCGCGCCCCGCCGCGGAGCAGCCGCCCCGGACACCCGGGAAGGUGUACGUGACCAGGGUGCGGCCGGGACAGCGGGCCUCCCCCAGGGCCCCCGCGCCGCGCGCGCCCUGGCCGCCCUUCCCCGGCGUCUUCCUGCGUCCCCGGCCUCUGCCCAGAGUGCAGCUGCGGGCGCCGCCGCGCCCCCCACGGCCCCACGGCCGCAGGACCGGCGGCCCCCAGGUCACAAAGCUGCGGCCUCCAGCCCGGGCGCAGGCCACCCCUGGGGGCCGGGAGAGCCAGGCGCGCACGCUGGGACCUGCGGCGCCCACGGUGGACUCGAACUCGUCCUCCGAAGCACGGCCCGUGACCUCCUUCCUGAGCUUGUCCCAGGUGUCGGGGCCACAGCUGCCGGGGGAGGGCGAAGAGGAGGAGGAGGGGGAGGACGAUGGGGCCCCCGGCGACGAGGCCGCGUCGGAGGACAGCGAGGAGGCCGCGGGCCCUGCGCUCGGACGCUGGCAUGAGGACGCCAUCGACUGGCAGCGCACGUUCAGCGUGGGCGCCGUGGACUUCGAGCUGCUGCGCUCCGACUGGAACGACUUGCGGUGCAAUGUGUCGGGGAACCUGCAGCUGCCGGAGGCGGAGGCCGUGGACGUGGUGGCCCAGUACAUGGAGCGGCUCAACGCGCGCCACGGCGGGCACUUCGCGCUUCUGCGCAUCGUGAACGUGGAGAAGCGCCGGGACUCGGCGCGAGGGAGCCGCUUCCUGCUGGAGCUGGAGCUGCAAGAGCGCGGGGGCCGCCGCCUGCGACUGUCCGAGUACGUCUUCCUGCGGCUGCCGGGAGCACGCGUGGGGGAUGCAGACGGAGAAAGUCCCGAGCCCGCUCCCGCCGCCUCCGUGCGCCCCGACGGCCGCCCGGAGCUCUGCCGGCCGCUGCGCCUGGCCUGGCGCCAGGACGUGAUGGUCCACUUCAUCGUGCCAGUGAAAAAUCAGGCACGGUGGGUGGCGCAGUUCCUGGCGGACAUGGCCGCGCUGCACGCGCGCACCGGGGACUCGCGCUUCAGCGUCGUCCUGGUGGAUUUCGAGAGCGAGGACAUGGACGUGGAGCGGGCUCUGCGCGCGGCGCGCCUGCCCCGGUACCUGUACCUGAGACGCACUGGAAACUUCGAGCGCUCCGCGGGGCUGCAGGCAGGAGUGGACGCGGUGGAGGACGCCAGCAGCAUCGUGUUUCUCUGCGACCUCCACAUCCACUUCCCACCCAACAUCCUGGACGCCAUCCGCAAGCACUGUGUGGAGGGCAGGCUGGCCUUCGCGCCGGUGGUCAUGCGCCUGGGCUGUGGGAGCUCGCCCCGGGAUCCCCACGGUUACUGGGAGGUGAAUGGCUUUGGCCUUUUUGGGAUCUACAAGUCGGACUUUGACCGGGUCGGAGGCAUGAACACUGAGGAGUUCCGAGACCAGUGGGGGGGCGAAGACUGGGAGCUCCUGGACAGGGUCCUGCAGGCAGGGCUGGAGGUGGAGCGGCUACGUCUGCGGAACUUCUUCCACCACUACCAUUCCAAGAGGGGCAUGUGGAGCGCCCGCAGCAGGAAGGCCUCUCACCCGGGGGUAGGGGCGUCGUGAGGAUGGGCAGCCUCUCCCAGCCCCAGUGGGAGGCCUGGGGCAGCUGCUGGGGCCUGGGCUUAGAGCUUGGUCCUGAAGGACCCGGCAGGGCUGGUCAGUGGGUCUCAGCCACCACCAUGCCUGCCCCUCCUGGCCCACGGGGCCCCCGUGCCAGGCCCACCGCGGAGGGGCAGCUUCACGGCGGGUCAGGGCCUGGCCUUGUCCCCACUCUGCGAUGAUUUCUGUGAAAUUUUGCUGUAGCGAUGACAUUGUUUUCAGGAUAUCCAAGAGUUCUGUCUGUUCUGUUUUUUAUUCAGAAUGAAAUGAAAUAUUUUUUUUAGUUCUGA